AGAGUUAUCAACUUGAAGUCAAUCGCAGACGCCCUUGGGCCCACUAAGACGGCUGCGCUGCCAGCAUUUCAUGCGUUGACCGGAGCUGAUGUUACUGGGAGUUUCUCUGGAAAGGGAAAAGCCACUUGUUGGGAUGAGUUUGAUAACGCCAGCACUCCUAUCUUGCAAGCUCUUGCUAACCUCGGUUGUGGUUAACAGCCAGAUGACGGCACAAGAAGUGGAGUGGAACAGCUGGUUUGUCGGAUGUACCAACCAAAGACAGACAUCAAAACUGUCAAAGCCCUCAGAUGGUCCCUCUUUAAGAAAAAUCAAGCUGAGUCUGAGAGGUUGCCGCCCACACAAGCUGCUCUCCAUCAAGCCAUACUGAGAGCGCACUACCAGCUUCUUGUUUGGAACAACGAUCAUGUAGCAAACCCGGUGUUGCCCUCACCAGAAGGCUAUGGAUGGCAAGAUGAAGAUGGAAAGUGGGUACCAGUCAUGACAAAUCUUCCACCAGCUCCAGAGGCAACUAUACAGCUUGUCCGAUGCAAGUGCGCCAAGUCCCGUUGCUCUAACAACCGUUGUCAGUGUCAAAAAGCCGGACUUGUCUGUACUGAUCUCUGUCUGUGCUCUGAAGAUUGCCAGAACGAGUAUGCUGAGAGUGAUGAUGAGUAUGAUGAAGACGAAGUCGAACAGGAAAUUCCAUAG